CCCCGCCGCCCUGCUCUCUGCCUGCCUCCCCGCCCCUCGCAGUCGCUCCCCGCGCCUCGCCGUCCGCACAGCGGGGCCGGAGCAGCGGGCGCAGCGCGGGGCCGGGCCGGGCGGGGCGGGGGCCGGUGCCGGGGCCGGGGCCGGUGGCGGUGCCGGUACCGGAGCUGUCCAGUGCUGAGGGCGCCGGCCCGGCCCCGCCAUGCCCCGCUCCUUCCUGGUGAAGAAGCUCAAGGCGGAGGCAUUCCCGGCCGCCGGGGCCCCCGCGCCCCCCUACGCCCCCCUGGAGCCCCCCUACGCGCUGCCCGGCCCCGCCGCUGGUGAUGGGUACCUCCAGCACUGCCUGGCGCCAGCGGGCUAUGACACCGACAAGAAGCAAGGGCUGCCACCACCGCCGCCGGACCCGGCCUAUGCACCCGGCCAUGAGGAGUACAGCGACCCCGAGAGCCCCCAGUCCAGCUUCUCCGCCCGCUACUUCAACGGGGAGGCGGCGGUGACGGACAGCUACUCCAUGGAUGCCUUCUUCAUCACAGACGGGCGGUCGCGCCGGCGCAGCGAGAGCCAGCGCCGCGGCAGCCACCGCCACUCCUGCCCCGAGUGCGGCAAGACCUACGCCACCUCCUCCAACCUCAGCCGGCACAAGCAAACCCACCGCAGCCUGGACAGCAAGAUGGCGAGGAAAUGCCCGACCUGCGGCAAGGCUUACGUGUCCAUGCCCGCCCUGGCCAUGCACGUCCUCACCCACAACCUCAAGCACAAGUGCGACGUGUGCGGCAAAGCCUUCAGCCGGCCCUGGCUGCUGCAGGGCCACAUGCGCUCGCACACCGGGGAGAAGCCCUUCGGCUGCUCCCACUGCGGGAAAGCCUUCGCCGACCGCUCCAACCUGCGUGCCCACAUGCAGACCCACUCGGCCUUCAAGCACUACAAGUGCAAGCAGUGCGAGAAGACCUUCGCCCUCAAGUCGUACCUCAACAAGCACUACGAGUCCGCCUGCUUCAAGGGCUCCGAACACAGCUGUGCAAUAGGGAACUAGCCCCCCAGCCCCCUGUGGCGCAUCCCCAUCCCUAUCCUCAUUCCCAUCCCCAUCCCAAUCCCCAUCUCUAACUGCAUCCCCAUCCCCAUCCCAUCCCCAUCCCAAUCCUCGUCCCCAUCCCCAUCCCUAUUGCCAUCCCUGUCCCCAUCCCAGUCCCGGUCCCCGCGCCAGCCCUCCUGCAGCUGCUGCCAGCCCAGUGUGGCUGUGCCGUGGCUGGAGGAUGCGUCCCCACAGACUCACUCCCCACCUGGGAGGAGGGUGUCCCAGCGCUCCUGGGAAGGGCUGGAUCCAGCCAGGACCACAGCAGGACCUGGCUCCUUGCCCGCAGGUCCCUGAGCCCCCCCGCAGCCAGGCAGGUCUCUCUGCGGGGGACUCACCCCAGGACCUCUUCCAGACCCAGGAGAGACUUUUCCUCCCCCAGCUCCUGACUUUCACCUCUAUUUAUUUAAUUUAUUACUAUUAUUUAUUUAGAGCUGCUGCUUCUCCUCCCCGGCAGACCCCGGGGGAGAAAGGACAUUUUUCUGCUCCCCCUCCAGGAGCAAAACCUCACCUUGACCCCUAACGCUGAUGGGACCAUGGGCUGGUGCUACUGAUGGCUUGGCAGGACUGACGGAUGGUGCGGCCGGGCUGUUGGUCGCCCCUGGAGUCUGGGGUUCCUGCAGCCCACUGCACGAGCCCUGGGGCACCCUAAUGCCCCUGCCCAGCAUGAUCCCAUGGGACAUGGCCCCGUGGUGCUCAGCCUGGCACUGCGGGUCCACAGCUCCAGGAAGAGCAAGGGGCUCUCAGCAGAGGCCCGCGGGACACGUCCCUCGCUAGUUCCCAGCUCCCGGCUUGGUCAGGCACAACUGGGUCCUGCCAUGGUGAUGGGCUGGGGAACAGCCCCCCCGGGGCUGGUGCAGCCCCCUCGCUGUGCAAACAGCCAGGCUGGCAACUGGGCUCAACACCCAGCCCUGGGGCAGCACCCAAACCCCCAACAACCCCCCAUGUCCCCAGAGCCUCUGCCCGGACCCCUCGCCAGCCCCCCUAACCCAUCGCCCCCCCACCUGCGCUCAGGAGGAGGGGGUCAGUGUAGCCGUCAAGUUUGGGUGAGUCUAUUUAUAUUAUUCUUAUUUAUAUUAUUUAUAACUUAUGCUUUUCACUAUUUAUUUGCCAAGACUGGCAGGGCCGUGCCAGCGCUGGCUCGCAGGAGGUGGCAGAGCUGCAGCAGAGCCGCCGUCCCCAGGACGCAGCCACGGUGACACGGAUGGGGACAGCACCCCGAGAGCGGACCAUGCAGCGGGCACAGAGGCAGGAGGGCAUGAGCUGGCCCGGGAAGCCCGGGCCCUGCGCCCUGCAAGCCUCCCCCAGAGGCAAAGCCCUUCUCCCUUUGUCUUCCUCGCUGCCGCAGGCUCCCGCUCUGCUCCCUGCCCCUCAGCAGUGGGGACAAACCAGCCAUUCUAUGCAACGUCCCAGCGGAGCAUCCCCGGAGCGAGCGCCGUGCGUGCGGCAUCCCGGAGCGGGGCCCGACCCGCGCCUCCGCUUCCUACCUCGGGCCGCGAGCUGCCCCAUCACCCCGUGCCGGUCCCCGGUACCUUCGGGGUCCAACCCGGCACCCCGCGGGGCUCGCGUUCCCCCCACACCGUCUUCCUGCGCCGUCUUCCUCCCUGCAACGUCUUCCUCCUGCCGCCUCGGCGCUCACCUUGCUCACGGGCUUCACGCCGCCUCGGGGAUGUCCCUGUCACGGUCCUCGCUGCCGUGCCGCCCGCACCCCGCGCAGGGGCAGAGCAUCGCCGCGGCCGCGCAGGCAGCCCGCCAGCGCGUAGCAGCAGUUCAGGCUUCCCCCGCGGUGCCGGCGCGGCCCCGCGCCUCUGCCCCCGUCUCUCCUGUAAAUAGCAGAUACUACAGCAAUAAUUUUCCGUGCAUGAUAGAUUUUUUCUGCCAGGUUUUGUACUCGCCAACCCCCAGUAGGAGAAAUCUACUGAGAACCGGCCGCCCGCAGUAUUACUUGUAACGCAAUUCAGGGAUAUAAAAGGGAUUUCUGCCACUAA